UGUGUGUAGCUGCCAGUCUGUGGUGACCCUCACAGCAGCACACAGCGCCAGAGACGCAGGUUGCCACGUGUCACGUGAUGUCAGUGUGUCACUGUCCGGCUGUCAUGUGACGGCAGCGGGAGCGCGCCGGCGAGCGGAGACAGGGAAGCGGGGGCGCGCUCGGGUACCGGCAGCGUAGUUGGAGCUAUCCACACACCGGGGGCGGCGGUGACAGCGAUCAGAGGCGAGCCGUCCAAUGCCGGGGGCCGGAGGCCACAUGUGCCCCGAGAGACGCAGGCAGCUGUCGCCGGCCGCGGUAUGAAUCACUCCGGUUACAGGUCACCGCUCAGCCCGGAGAAGAACGGCCAGUGCGACUGGGAGCCCGGCGGGUGCUGCGAGGAGGAGGAAGAGGAGGACGGGGAGGCCGGGGGUGAGGCAGCGGCCCGGCACCACCACCGGCACCGCCGCCGCCACUCGCCCAUGUCGCCCCCCGGCAAGAAGCACCUGGGCCUGGAGCUGCACCUGAGCGGCCACAGCUUCCCCCCCGAGCCCGGCCUGGCCGGGUCCCCCUCCGAGGGCGAGGACGGCGAGUACGAGGCCGGCGGCAGCCUGCGGAUCCCGGAGAGGAGGCGGACCCGCUCCAGCAGCUCCCGGCACCGCUAUGAGAUCGUGGCGGAGCUGGGCCCGGAGGAGGUGCGCUGGUUCUACCGGGAGGACAAGAAGACCUGGAAGCCGUUCAUCGGCUACGACUCCCUGCGCAUCGAGCUGGCCUUCCGCCGCCUGGUGGAGCUGAGCACCGCCCCCGCGGAGGAGGAGCCGGCGGGGGAGGGGCCUGAGGAGCCGGGGGCGGAGCUGGACGUGGUGGUCAUCGGGGAGGUGGUGAAGAUAGAGCCGGUGUGUGUGCGGAGCGGCCUGUACGAGGUGGACGUGGCCGAGGGCGAGUGCUACCCCGUGUACUGGAACCAGACGGAUAAAAUCCCGGUGAUGCGAGGGCAGUGGUUCAUUGACGGCACCUGGCAACCCCUGGAAGAGGACGAGAGUAACCUGAUAGAACAGGAGCACCUGUCGUGCUUUAGGGGUCAUAAGAUGCACGACAAUUUUGACCUUGAAGUGGCAAAGCCUGUAGACCACAAGGAUGUUAUCUACCACCUUGCUCCCUUCUCCCUCCCUUUCCUGUUCAAUUGGAGAGGAUAUAACGAGAGCACAGGGGCCCCGUGUGCUAAAAGAAAGCGUUACGAAGCUGUCCACAGUUUAAAGUUAAGUCGCAGCCACGUGGACUGGCACGGCGUGGACGAAGUCUAUCUCUACAGCGAUGCAACUACUUCCAAAAUAGCCAGGACGGUUACACAGAAGUUGGGGUUCUCAAAGGCAUCCAGCAGCGGGACCAGGCUACAUCGAGGCUUUGUUGAAGAAGCUACGUAUGAGGACAAGCCUGUGGAUACAAGUCACAUUGUUUUUGUUGUCCAUGGUAUUGGGCAGAAAAUGGACCAAGGAAGAAUUAUCAAAAAUACAGCCAUGAUGAGAGAGACGGCCAGAAAGGUGGAAGAAAAGCACUUUUUCCACCAGACUACAGAGCACGUUGAGUUCCUUCCUGUGGAAUGGCGUUCCAAGCUUGCUCUAGAUGGAGAUACUGUGGAUUCCAUUACUCCUGAUAAGGUGCGUGGAAUUCGGGACAUGCUGAACAGCAGUGCCAUGGACAUAAUGUACUACACCAGCCCCCUGUAUAGGGAUGAGCUAGUGAAAGGUCUCCAGCUGGAGCUGAACCGCCUCUACACUUUGUUCUGCUCUCGGAACCCGGACUUUGAAGACAAAGGGGGCAAAGUGUCUAUCGUAUCCCAUUCCUUGGGAUGCGUGAUCACAUACGACAUCAUGACGGGCUGGAAUCCGGUUCACCUCUACGAGCAGCUGGAACAGCACGAGGAGGAGGAGGGCGAGGAACACUGGAUUAGUUAUGAGGAGCAGCAUCUCAUUCGAGAACUUUUCUUAACAAAACAACGGUUAAAAGAACUGGAAGAUCGGUUACAUGGACUUAAGAAUUCAAUGUCUAAUGCCCCUGCCUUAAAAUUUAAGGUUGAGAAUUUCUUCUGCAUGGGGUCGCCCCUAGCUGUCUUUCUGGCGUUGCGUGGCAUCCGACCUGGGAAUCGCGGAACUCAUGAUCAUUUUUUGCCUCGAGCUAUUUGUAAUCGUUUAUUUAAUAUAUUCCACCCCGCGGAUCCAGUGGCCUACAGACUGGAGCCAUUAAUACUGAAGCACUACAGUAAUAUCUCCCCCGUCCAGAUCAACUCAUCUCACACCACCAACUCCGUUCCCUACAAGCAAGUGAAACCGUGUCUCAUCAACCCAUCCAAAGAUACUACCUCAAUGUCCGAUACAGAAAGCAUCCCCAGCCCAAGCACUUCACCGGUUCUGCCUCGGAGACACUAUGGCGAGUCCAUAACGAAUAUAGGCAAAGCAAGUAUAUUAGGUGCCGCAAGCAUCGGGAAAGGCCUGGGGGGAAUGCUGUUCUCAAGAUUUGCACGUUCUAGUGCAACCGCUUCACAAGGUUAUGAAGUAAAAGACGCAGCCGACGGGGAAGAGAAAAAGCCAGUGCAGAGUCAGAGUACGGCGGCCCAGACCCUUCCGCAUAGCGUUUCGGGCUUGCUGGAAGCCACAGGUGAGAUUGCAGCAGUGGAUUUGGAGCACCGGAUUGACUUUGAACUUCGAGAGGGGCUGGUGGAGAGCAGAUACUGGUCAGCCAUGACUUCCCACACGGCCUACUGGUCAUCCAUGGACGUGGCCCUCUUUCUACUGACUUUCUUGUACAAGGAAGGCCAGCUGGACGAAGAAGAUAAACUAGGUGUAGACGAACUGUAGAGGGGCAUUAGAAAACCACUGGAUCAAACUGGACGUGUAGCUGGUGUGGAAAUGCAGAUUGUCUGAGGAAUGGAGGCUUUGGUUCUUGGGCAUGUUUGGAUGUUUAGUUCCUAGAGAGCACCACUGAUGAUGACCUUAUCCCUCCUCCUCUAACCCCUCCUCCCUUACCCCUGUACAUUACAGCAAUAGAGUACAUCGAUAUGUAUAACCUGUUGUACGGAUGUGCAAGUGCCUAAUCUCAUCAACGUUCUCCUUGGGUGAUCUUUGGUGCUUGCGUGAAGAGGCCGCCACGAGGCUUGGAGAUUGUGUAAGGAAGUGUUGGACCUCACUCAAGUCUGCAUUAUAAUAGAGCGCUAUGCAGGAGCGUGUUGUACUUACCCAGAGAUAACAGCCAACCAAGACAGCUUCAGACUAGUGUGACCUAAUUCUAGAUAAAUAUUACCUCUCAUAUUUCUUAUUUCAGUUACUAACUUUUUUCUACUUGUUUCUUUUGGUCCGAGAACCACGUUUAUUUUCUACAUUUUUCUGAGUUUAUUUCCCAGAAUGCACCUCUUUGUACUAAAAUAACUGGACACUGACAACUCUCUCAGUAAUAUUUUCAUUACAAAAAAAUAAAUAUUUGUGGUUUCACAUACAA